AUGAGCAGGGCAUUACUGCGCUCCGUGCUGGAGCUGCGCGCUCCCGUCACGCGACUUGUCCCCUCCGCCCGCCCGACGACGAUGACCACAACGACGACAAAGGCGGCAACCACAGCACUCCCUGCCGCCACAGCCCGCUUCUUCAACCAGACCGCCCAGCACGUCGAGCCGACCCCGCAACCCCUCGACCCGACCCUCGUCGGCAGCACCCCCACACCGCCCGCCCCGCCCUCACUCCAACCACACUCCCGGCGCACACCACCCUCGGCCCCCGCCCCAACCACCCCCUCCCCCAUAAGCGACUCAGUCCGCACCCUCCUCCCCGCCCUCGCCGCCCAGCCGGGGCACUACAUCACCGUCCAAAUUCACGGGCGCCCCUACCUGGUGACGGCGGGCGACAGCGUGCGGCUGCCCUUCAAGAUGCCGGGGGUGGAGCCGGGGGCGGUGCUGCGGCUGAACCGGGCGACGGCGGUGGGCAGCCGGGACUUCACGCUGCGGGGCGCGCCCUUCGUGGACGAGCGGCUGUUCGAGUGCCGAGCGGUGGUGACAGGGACCGAGGCGGAGCCGAUGCGCACCAUGGUGAAGAAGAAGCGGCGGUGCCGGCGGUCGAAGCGGGUUACCAGCAAGCAUCGGUUUACGAUGUUGAGGAUUAGCGAGCUGAAGAUUCGGCCGGAGGUGGUGGAGGAGGAGAGUUGA